GCUGCUCAUCGGUCUUGUUUCCUCCCAUAACAAGAACGAAGAACCGGCGAACACACUGUUCCUGAGCUCUCAAAACUCAGGGAUUCUCUCUCCGCUGCUGCAGAGCUGAGUGAAGGCCAUUCCUUCAGUUGUGAGGUAGUUGUGGGUGAUUUGUAGUCUGUUCUGGUAUACAUACGCCUGCAUUUCCUUCCCGCAAUGCACACCAACUUCUCAAUUCAGUCUAUAAAGCAAACCCUAAUCCCUAGUUCCAACUCAAGCUAGGAGCUUUUAGCAUAUAAUUGGAAAGUUCCCGCGGUUUCUAUUUCUUUUUCUAUUCUCGAACUAGUAACUCAAUCACGGAAGUGGAGUGGCAUUUGAAUUCUCGGGGGUGCUGUGUUUAUGCAUUGAAUGGCAAGUUUGGUGGAGAGGCUUCGGGUUCGAACAGAUCGUAAACCGGUUUACAACUUGGACGAUUCGGAUGACGAAGCUACUAUUUCAAAAUCCAAACCCUCUGAGGAGAAGUUCGAGAGAACUGUCAGGCCUGACGCGAAAGCUGAUAGCUGUCAGGCUUGUGGCGAAAGUGGGAAUCUUUUGUUAUGUGAAACAUGCACGUAUGCAUACCACCCGAAAUGUUUACUCCCACCUCUCAAGGCUCCUCUUCCCAGCAGUUGGAGGUGCCCUGAAUGUGUUAGCCCUCUUAAUGAUAUUGACAAGAUACUGGACUGUGAGAUGAGGCCAACGGUAGCAGAUGAAAGUGAUGCCACCAAGCUUGGCUCCAACCAAAUAUUUGUCAAACAGUAUCUUGUUAAGUGGAAAGGAUUGUCCUAUCUCCAUUGUACAUGGGUGCCAGAGAGAGAAUUUGUAAGAGCCUACAAGGCACUACCGAGAUUAAGAACCAAAGUGAACAAUUUUCAUCGACAAAUUUCGUCAAUGAAUAGCUCUGAUGAUGACUAUGUAGCCGUUCGUCCUGACUGGACAACUGUUGACCGGAUUCUUGCUUGCAGGGAUGGAGAUGAUGGGAAAGAGUAUCUUGUGAAGUGGAAAGAGCUUCCUUAUGAUGAGUGCUAUUGGGAGUCAGAGUCGGAUAUUGCUUCAUUUCAGCAAGAAAUUGAAAGAUUUAAUAAAAUCAAAUCUAGACGCAAAGGAUCUUUAGCUAAACAAAAGAGCAGUUCCCAUGAUGUUACAGAUGCAAAAAAGAAACAGAAAGAAUUUCAACAGUAUGAAAGCAGUCCGGUAUUUCUUUCUGGAGGUUCUUUGCAUCCAUAUCAACUAGAAGGAUUGAACUUCCUGCGGUUUGCUUGGUCAAAACAAACACAUGUGAUCCUUGCAGAUGAGAUGGGCCUUGGAAAAACAAUACAAAGUAUUGCUUUCUUAGCUUCUUUAUUUGAGGAGAGUGUCUUUCCUCACCUUGUUGUAGCUCCACUUUCAACAUUGAGGAACUGGGAACGCGAAUUUGCCACUUGGGCACCUCAAAUGAAUGUUGUGAUGUAUGUUGGUUCAUCCCAAGCUCGUGCUGUCAUCAGAGAAUAUGAAUUUUACUUUCCCAAAAAUCUUAAGAAGAACAAGAAGAAGAAAUCUGCUCAAACUGUCAAUGAAAGCAAGCAAGAUAGGAUAAAAUUUGAUGUCCUUCUGACAUCGUAUGAAAUGAUUAACAUGGAUACAAUAACGCUGAAACCAAUUAAGUGGGAGUGUAUGAUUGUUGAUGAAGGUCAUCGUCUGAAGAACAAGGAUUCAAAGUUGUUUUCUUCAUUGAAGCAGUUCUCUACCAGACAUCGUGUUCUUUUGACUGGAACUCCUCUUCAGAACAAUCUGGAUGAACUUUUUAUGCUUAUGCACUUUCUUGAUGCCGGAAAGUUUGGUAGUUUAGAGGAGUUUCAGGAAGAAUUCAAGGAUAUUAGUCAGGAGGAACAGAUAUCAAGGCUCCAUAAGAUGCUGGCGCCCCACCUGCUUAGAAGAGUAAAGAAGGAUGUAAUGAAGGAGUUACCACCAAAAAAGGAGCUCAUUCUACGCGUUGAACUGAGUAGCAUGCAGAAAGAAUAUUACAAAGCAAUUCUGACUCGUAACUAUCAGAUAUUAACUCGGAAGGGUGGUGCCCAAAUAUCCCUUAUUAAUGUGGUCAUGGAACUGCGCAAGCUCUGUUGUCACCCAUUCAUGUUAGAAGGCGUUGAACCAGAGGAUACUAAUGAGUUUAACAAACAACUGUUAGAAUCUUCUGGGAAAAUGCAGCUUCUGGACAAGAUGAUGGUUAAGCUUAAAAAGCAGGGCCACAGAGUUUUAAUAUAUUCACAGUUUCAGCAUAUGCUAGACUUGUUAGAAGAUUACUGUAACUAUAGGAAAUGGCAAUAUGAAAGAAUCGAUGGAAAAGUUGGUGGAGCAGAAAGGCAAGUUCGAAUCGACAGGUUCAACUUAAAGAACUCUUCCAGGUUUUGUUUUCUACUGUCUACAAGGGCUGGAGGUUUGGGAAUAAACCUUGCAACAGCAGAUACGGUUAUCAUAUAUGACAGUGAUUGGAAUCCCCAUGCUGACUUGCAAGCAAUGGCUAGAGCUCAUCGGCUUGGGCAGACAAACAAGGUAAUGAUUUUCAGACUCAUAGCAAGAGGAACUAUUGAAGAAAGGAUGAUGCAAAUGACUAAGAAGAAAAUGGUGCUAGAGCAUCUUGUUGUUGGGAGGCUCAAGGCACAAAACAUUAAUCAGGAGGAAUUAGAUGACAUCAUAAGGUAUGGUUCAAAGGAGCUAUUUGCUGAUGACAAUGAUGAAACUGGGAAAUCUCGACAGAUUCAUUAUGAUGAGUCUGCGAUAGAUAGGUUACUCGACCGUGAACAAGUUGGUAAUGAAGAGACUACAAUGGAUGAUGAGGAAGAGGAUGGGUUAUUGAAAGCUUUUAAGGUGGCAAAUUUUGAGUACAUUGAUGAAGCAGAAGCUGGGGUAGAAGAGGAAGCACCAGGGCCUUCUACUGAGAACAAAGCCACGGUGAACAAUUCUGAAAGAGCUAGUUACUGGGAGGACUUGCUAAAAGACAGAUAUGAAGUUCAUAAAGUAGAAGAAUUCAAUUCUAUGGGUAAAGGCAAGAGAAGCAGAAAACAGAUGGUGUCUGUUGAGGAAGAUGAUCUUGCUGGUUUGGAAGAUGUAAGUUCUGAUGGUGAAGAUGAUAACUAUGAAGCUGAGUUGACUGAUGGGGAGACAGCUCCAGCUGGAGCUCCAACUGUGAGAAGGCCUUACAGGAAGAAGACCCGUGUGGACCCAUCAGAACCACUACCUCUAAUGGAAGGUGAAGGGAGAUCCUUUAGAGUGUUGGGAUUUAAUCAAAACCAAAGAGCUGCAUUUGUGCAGAUUUUGAUGAGGUUUGGUGUCGGCGACUUUGAUUGGGCAGAGUUUACAACACGUCUAAAACAGAAGAGUUAUGAAGAAAUUAAAGAUUAUGGGACGCUUUUCUUGUCUCACAUAGCUGAGGAUAUAACUGAUUCACCAACCUUUUCUGAUGGUGUCCCCAAAGAAGGGCUUAGAAUACAGGAUGUACUUGUUAGAAUUGCAGUUUUACUUCUAGUGCGAGACAAAGUGAAGGCUUCACGCAGAGAAGCAUCGGUUGCCCUUUUUGCUGAUGACAUCAUAUCUCGCUUUCCCGGACUGAAGGGUGGAAGACUCUGGAAGGAAGAGCAUGAUCUGCUUCUGUUGCGAGCAGUGUUAAAACACGGUUAUGGUAGAUGGCAAGCAAUUGUUGAUGACAAGGAUCUAAAGAUCCAAGAGGUCAUCUGUAAAGAGCUGAACCUUCCCUUUAUUAAUAUACCAGUCGCUGGAGCUCCACAAUCUCAGCUUGCUGCUUCUAGUGCCCCCCAAACCCAAUUCCCAGCUCCCGAGGUGUCUCAAGUUCCCGUUCAAGAGGCAGAAGUUCAAGCUCAAAAUGGUGUGAAUGCAACUAGUGCUGAAACACUUACAAACCAGGUGAAGGAAACUGGUACAGGAAAUGAUAAUGGAGCUGGAGUUGCACAUGGAAUGUCUGAUUCUGGAAGCCAGCCACAGUUUUACCAGGAUUCUUCAAUACUGUACCAUUUUAGAGAAAUGCAGAGAAGACAAGUUGAGUUUAUCAAAAAGAGAGUCCUGCUUUUGGAGAAAGCACUUAAUGCUGAGUAUCAAAAGGAAAUCUUUGGUGAUGAAAAAUCAAAUGAGAUGCAUAACGAUGUACUGGAGACUGAACCCAAGGUUAAAGAUAUACCAGCUUCAAAAUUUGAGGAAUCAUAUAACCAAUUGGUUUAUUACCUGCCUCAAAUUGAAAUCAUUUCUCCUGAAGGUAUCUCUGCAGCAGCUCAUGAUGUCAAACCAAAUCAUUUGGAUUUGGCUCGGCUGUACAAUGAGAUUUCAAAUGUACUUUCCGAAAAUGCACGAGAUUCAUUAGAUGCAUAUUUAUCCAACAAAUCAGCAAGUGUCAAGCUGAGAGACAACCUCCUCAUACUUGAAGCCUUUGCCCAUGAGAUAGAUGAAAUUCUCGGUUCAGUAAAGCACGAUUCUCCUAGUAUAGACAAACGAACAGUAAAAGAAGACCAACAGUCUGAAGAUUUGCAACCCAACUCCUUGUCUGCACUUAGAGAAGAUGACAUUGCAUGUGGUGCUGCGGUAGAAACUGAAUUGAAGUUUUCAGCCAUGGAGGUAGAGGAUCAAGUAGAAGCUAACCUUGACAGAGAAAAGGUCAAUUCACCUGGAUAUGCUGCUGCUGCAGGGUCGUUUUCAGCUCAGACCAAAGCUGAAUGUUUAUCGAAUGGUUUUGCUGAAUUAGAAAUGGAGGAAAAUCAGGAUGACAGGGAUCCUAGUAGUACGGCUGAUACUGCUGAUAUAGAAAUGAAGGAUAAGCAGGAGGAUGCGGAUCUAAAUGCCAACAGUCCAAAUGGUAUUUGCUGAUAUAAUGAGGAAGGAAAAGCGGGAUGAUAUUGACCCAAUUACUAAUACUCCAGCUCAUGAAAUAAAUUGAGCGUUUGUAACUUAUUGACAAAAUCUUUUCAUUUUCAUCCUGAAUUGGAGACUUGAGAGGGAUGGCCCUUGUCUUCUUAACUCUUGUUAAUGGAUUGAUAAAGAACAUGGUAUUGGAGGAUAUGAAACAUCUUAGAUUGAUAUCACUGGGGAGAUCUCAUGCUAGUAUUACCGGAUUCAACAAAAUGUACAGCUGGUUUUUGUACGUGUACUGUUUGAAACAAUCUACACGUGAAGAUAUGUUGCAGUCAAUAGAACUUAAUUGUAUUCUCAUUCCAAACCAAAGCUUAACCUGGGAUUUUUGAUGUUUGAUAUCUUGUUAAUUAUGUAUUUAGUGGAAUUUGGAUGUUGAUUUUGGGAAAA